GUCACGUGUGGAGAGUCCGUUGAUCUCGUUUCGUCCCUGCAGUGAGAUUCGCUUGUUUGUUCGUUUCGGUUUGUACUUGAUUUUAUUUUUUUUAGCUUUUUCUUAAUUAGAUCAAAUAUUUUAUCGAAGAAUGAGCGACAACGAUGACAUCGAGGUCGAUAGUGACGAAGAAUCACCGAGAUUUCACUCUGUGGCAGACAAACGGGCACACCAUAAUGCGCUGGAGCGCAAACGUAGGGACCACAUCAAAGACAGCUUUCACAGUUUACGAGACUCUGUGCCUGCUUUGCAAGGGGAAAAGCAAUCUAUCAAACAGGCAUCCCGAGCUCAAAUCCUAGACAAAGCCACAGAGUAUAUCCAGUACAUGAGACGGAAAAACCAUACACACCAGCAAGACAUCGACGACCUGAAGAGGCAAAACGCUCUGCUGGAGCAACAAGUUCGUGCACUGGAGAAGGCAAAGGGGAACACGCAGCUCCAGGCCAGCUAUUCGUCGUCGGACAGCAGCUUGUACACCAACCCGAAAGGCAGCGCCGUGUCGGCCUUCGACGGCGGCUCCGACUCCAGCUCGGAUUCCGAGUCGGACGGGAGAAGGAAGAAGCCACGCGUUGAUGCCAACUAAGCGCAACACAGAAAGAAACUGGUGUGCUUUUACUAGAGACUCUCUUGUACUUCCCGUUUUCAGUUUGUCUUUCAGCCCUUCACGCUGGCUCAGGAGAGGGACAAAAGCCCACAGGUGUGUGGUGGUGAGGGAGGGAGCAGGGAGCAGGGGGCUUUCAGUUUUUCUUUUCCUUCUCCCUCUUUCUGACGAUACAGCACUCAUUUCUCAGCAGCAACAACUAUUCGACCCAAGUGUGGCAGCUUUGCUAUUAUGGACUUGAUGCUUUUAUAUCCUCACGGUAGUCGUAGCAGCAUCCCAGGGAGACCGAUGUACAGCUUCAAAUAAAGCAAAAACAAAAUACUACUUUUUGAUAAUAUGUAUGAACCUGUUAGGAGGUAAAGCGUUGUGAAAUUUACACAUACUCUAAUAAUUGUCAUGGCGCGGUUGACCUUUUUUUAAUAUUUGUACUUUUCCACUAAAUACAAAGUUACUUUAAAAAUGAGCAGCCCACCACUGGACCCAUAGAUGGUUAUCAGACUACAUUUAAAAAUGUUUUUUAAAAAAGCCCUAUAUUGAAAGUGAUGUAUUUAAUGACUUCCAAAGCGGCUUAAAUUGUACUUUGUCCCUUAGCUUGAGCUAGUUAAACAAUUAGAUUGUGGUAUAUGUCAUAGGCUAACCGAUUUCAAGGUCAUCAUUUGGAAUCUUUCUUCACAGGUUCACAAGUUUUGUAUUUUACAUUAUUCUCAUGAAACCAUGGGAAGUUACUGAAAUGCUACAUAUAGUUCUCCCAGAUAUAUAAUAGUUAUUGAAUGUUUCAUCAAUGCAGUUGAAGGUAGAUACCUUUUUAUUGAAGAAAAAAAUUGUCCAUGUCAGUGUGUUGUGCAUUACACUGUAAACUCCUAUUAAUGUUGCUGAUUUAAAUUCUACAAACAAGACUGCCUCUAGAAGCGUUUUGUCUGUCUAGGGGAUGUGUAUAUGUAUGUCUUUUUCCUUUUUUUUCGAUAGGACUUAGAGUGUACUAAAUAGAUCUUUGUUCAUGUUUGAUUCCAUUCCAUGGAAAUUACAGGUAUGUUGUACAUACUGCCAACAAUUGUCUUGCAAGUUGAGGCCUACCUUUACUAUGAGACUAUAAAUAAAACUAUUUUAUCCUUA